UAUCGCCCGAUAAUCAAAGUCUCCGUCGUCCUCAAAAACAAAACUUCACAAUUGCAAAAAAUGAAUGAGUAAUUAAUUGAUAUUCCAAAUAUGGUUUACUUCUUCACUACACAUGAUACUCAAUAUAUUAUUUAUAUGGGAAGGGAUAAAUUUGAGAACGAGCACUUACUUCAAUAUGGCUGGGAGGAAGAUGUUUGGUUCCACGUGGAUAAGGCAAGUGCAUUCUUCUGCACACGUAUAUUUGAGACUACCUUCAGGCAAAACUAUAGAUGAAAUUCCUUCAAAUAUAUUAGAAGAUUGUGCGCAAUUGGUAAAGUACAAUUCCAUAGAAGGAAACAAGCUUCAUAGCGUUGUCGUUGUAUAUACGUCCUGGAGCAACCUAAAGAAAACAGGAGAUAUGGAUGUUGGACAAGUGGGUUUUAAAGAUAGAAAGAGCGUAAAAACUAUUACUGUUGAAAGGAGAAAAAAUGACAUAAUCAACCGGCUUGAAAAGUCGAAAAGAGAGGCAUUUCCAAACUUGGCGCAAGAAAAGGAAGAUCACGAAAGAGAGCACAUAUUGAAACGAAAACAAGCUUUUAAAGAACAACUAAAGGCAGAAAAACUGCAAAGACAAGAACAGGAGUUGAGAAGGCAGGAACUCAGCUAUUCACGGAUCAUGGUUGAAGACAACAUGACUAGCAAUAAGGAUUUGGAAAGCUCCACUUUUGAAGAAUAUGAAGAAAGCUUCCUAUAAGCUUGAGUUCUACUGUUAUAUCUCUUCGAAUGUUGCAAAAAUUUCAAUUUCAUGGGCUUCAUGCCUUUGAAAAAUUUCUUUGGCCAGACUGAAGGUCUUCAUCGUUGAAAUAGUCGUUGCUAUGUAUAGAUUUGCGGUCCUGGUGAUGACUUAGAAUAAUACGUAUAUUUAGAUGAUACUUCUUGUAUGCUAUGCCAUAUUAUUGGCAUAAUUUGUUUAAAUUGUGGUAAAGAUUCUCUGUGUAGCAAGUUCAUUUGUUUCGU